AUGUCUGCACUCCAUCCGGAGUUGCAAGGCGCUCUCGCUCAGCUGCUGCAGGGCCUCAACUCCGCCGACAACGAUCUACGAAGCAAGUAUGAAGAUUCUCUGGCCAAUGAGUGGCAGGCACAAAAACCGGACGCCCUGUUGAUGGGCUUGGUCGAGCAUGCGCAUGCAGCUCAGGAUGAGAAGAUGAGAUCGUCUGCGGCCGUCAUCUUCAGAAGAGUCGCCUCAAAGGCUAGGAAAGACCCUACUACUGGCGAGAACAAAGAAUUGUUCUUGACUCUAUCAAAUGACGCGAAGGUUCCAAUAAGAACAGGCCUGCUACAAUGUCUUGCUUCUGAGCAGAUCUCCCAUGUGAGAAACAAGAUCGGAGACGCCAUUGCAGAGAUAGCCAGACAAUACACAGAUAAUGGAGAGACCUGGCCAGAAUUGCUUAGUGCUCUCUUUCAGUCAAGUCAGUCUCCAGACCCUGCUGUCCGAGAAGUCGCUUUCAGAAUAUUUGCUACGACGCCAGGUAUAAUUGAACGACAACACGAGAAUGUGGUUCAAAAGGUUUUUGGUGAAGCCUUCCGGGACAGCAGUGUUAAUGUCAAGCUGGCCGGAAUUGAGGCUUUCGCCUGCUUCUUCAAUUCGGUGACUAAGAAAGCACAGUCCAAAUACUACUCGCUAGUCCCCGAAGUCCUCAACGUCCUCCCUCCACUCAAGGAAUCGAACGAUCAGGAGAAUCUCUCCAAGGCUUUUGUGUCGCUUAUUGAGCUGGCCGAAGCUGCACCUAAGAUGUUCAAGCCUCUCUUCCCUAACUUGAGGCAAUUUACCAUAUCCGUGGUUCAAGACAAAGAGAUGGAUGAUCAGGUCAGACAAAACGCCCUGGAACUGAUGGCUACUUUUGCCGAAUUCGCUCCCAACAUGUGCAAGAAGGAUGCCUCUUUCGCUUCCGACAUGGUCACGCAAUGCCUCAGCUUGAUGACCGAUAUUGGCGCUGAUGACGAGGAUGCAGCUGAAUGGAACUCACAGGAAGACAUUGAUGCAGAAGAAAGCGAUCUCAACCACGUCGCGGGUGAACAAUGCAUGGAUCGCUUAGCCAACAAGCUUGGUGGAGAGGUACUUUUGCCCGUCACAUUCACAUGGUUACCGCGUAUGAUGCACUCAGCUUCCUGGAGAGAUCGUCACGCGGCUCUAAUGGCUAUCAGUGCAAUCUCUGAAGGUUGCAGAGAUCUCAUGCUCAGUGAGUUAGACAAGGUGUUGGAGCUGGUGAUCCCUGCCCUGAAAGACCCUCAUCCUCGAGUCAGAUUCGCUGGCUGCAAUGCUCUUGGUCAGAUGAGCACAGACUUCGCUGGAGACAUGCAAGCGAAGUAUCAUCAGGUCGUCCUUAGCAACAUAAUACCCGUCCUGGAGUCACCUGAACCAAGAGUACAAGCUCACGCUGCUGCUGCUUUGGUCAACUUCUGUGAAGAAGCCGAAAAGUCUAUACUGGAACCCUACCUGGACCCCUUGCUGAGUCACCUCCUAGUCUUGCUUAAUUCACCAAAGCGUUAUGUACAAGAGCAGGCUCUCUCGACUAUUGCGACGAUAGCAGACUCAGCCGAAACUGCUUUUGCCAAAUAUUAUGAUGCUCUUAUGCCUCAGCUACUGACCCUGCUUCGUGGGCAGCAAGAUAAAGAAUAUCGACUCUUACGAGCCAAAGCCAUGGAAUGUGCGACCUUGAUUGCUUUAGCAGUCGGCAAGGAGAAGAUGGGCCAGCAAGCUCGAGAGCUUGUCGAAACCCUGGCCACAAUUCAGACCGGAAUUACCGAUAGUGAUGAUCCGCAGGCACAAUAUCUGCUGCACUGCUGGGGCAGAAUGUGUCGGGUGCUUGGAACUGACUUUGCACCUUAUCUCGAUGGCGUGAUGCAUCCCUUAUUACAGCUUGCAUCUGCCAAAGCAGAUAUCCAAUUACUCGAAGACAGUGAUGACUUGCCUGACCAGGAAGACGGCUGGGAACUUGUGCCUCUGAAAGGAAAAGUCAUUGGCAUAAAAACUCAGACGUUGGAGGAUAAGAAUACUGCCAUUGAGUUGAUCACCAUAUACGCACAGAUACUAGAGGCUCACUUCGCAAAGUAUGUGGAGGAAAUCAUGGACAAGGUCGCCCUACCAGGAUUGGCUUUCUUCUUUCACGAUCCUGUGCGAGUUUCUUCGGCCAAGCUUAUACCCGCACUCUUGGCUUCGUACAAGAAGCAGUUUGGAGAUCGUUCAGAACAGCUUGCCAGGCUGUGGGCUGUCACCGUGGAAAAGGAAAUCGAAAUCUUGGUGGCCGAGCCUGCCAUUGAGACCCUCGCUGAGAUGUAUCAAUGCUUCUACGAGAGUGUAGAAGUGAUUGGCAAGGGGUGUCUUAGUGUCGACCACAUGAACAAGUUCAUUGAGUCAACCAAGUCAACGUUGAAAGAAUACGAAGACCGAGUACGGCAACGAGAAGCUGACAAAGCCGAUGCAGCCGUUGAUGGUGAGGAUGAGGACGACUCGAUGUCAAUGCAAUAUGCAAUCGAAGAUGACCAAACCCUACUGUCCGACAUGAACAAAGCCUUCCACACUAUCUUCAAGAACAUGGGUCCCCAAUUUCUGCCUCCGUGGGAAAGGCUCAUGGAUUUCUACGACCGAUUCAUUAACUCGAAUGACCCAACACAGCGACAAUGGGCGAUCUGCAUUAUGGACGAUGUGUUCGAGUUCUGUGGUCCACAAUCGUUUCAAUACUCUAACCACAUCGUACAGCCUUUUAUUAAUGGGUUGCAAGAUACCAACGCAGCGAACAGACAAGCUGCCACGUAUGGAGUCGGCAUGGCUGCACAAAAGGGUGGUAACGACUGGGCAGAAUUCGUCGCUGGUUGUCUAGAACUACUUUUCGCUGUUACCAGGAUGCCGAACUCCCGAAGCGACGAUGAAGUCUUUGCCACCGAGAAUGCCUGCGCCUCUAUCGCGAAGAUCCUGCAUUUCAAUUCCUCAAAGGUCCCAAAUCCGAACGCUGUUGUCGAUCCUUGGUUGGACACUCUGCCAAUCGUGAAUGAUGAGGAAGCUGCGCCAUACGCAUACUCGUUCGUCGCACAGCUUAUUGAUCAAAACCACGAGGCCGUCCGUAACAAGGCCCAGCAAGUCUUCCACGCUAUAUGCCUAGCUCUCGAAGCAGAAACUAUUCAAGGCCAAACAGCACAAAAAGUCGCGAGCAGCGCCAAAGUUCUAGCCACCACCUCAGGCGUCGACGCCAACCAAAUUCUCAGCAGCCUCAGUCCAGAAGGUCAAGCCACAGUUCAGAGCUUCUUUGCAUAG